GUUACUUUCCUGGAAAGCAUUGCUUUUUGUAUGUAGAGAUCAUCUCUUGAGUUACCGCAACUGGGUUUAGAAUGUUACUUUACUUGUGAAUCUGAUGGAGGAAUAACCAGAUCUCAGACUGCUGCACUGGAAGACUUUACAGGAAAUACAAAAUGUCAUCGAAUAGAAGUCAGAACCCACAUGGACUUAAACAGAUUGGUCUGGACCAGAUAUGGGAUGACCUAAGAGCUGGAAUUCAACAGGUUUACACCAGACAAAGUAUGGCAAAAUCCAGAUACAUGGAACUCUACACUCACGUUUAUAACUACUGUACUAGCGUACACCAGUCUAACCAAGCGCGGGGAGCUGGGGUACCCCCGUCGAAGUCGAAAAAAGGCCAGACCCCUGGAGGGGCUCAGUUCGUUGGCUUGGAGCUGUACAAACGUCUAAAAGAGUUUCUGAAGAACUACUUGACAAACCUUCUUAAGGAUGGUGAAGAUUUGAUGGAUGAGAGUGUGCUGAAGUUCUACACUCAACAGUGGGAAGAUUAUAGGUUCUCAAGCAAAGUGUUGAAUGGGAUAUGUGCCUACCUCAAUAGACAUUGGGUUCGUCGUGAGUGCGAUGAAGGUCGUAAAGGAAUAUAUGAAAUUUACUCACUUGCCUUGGUGACCUGGAGAGACUGCUUAUUCAGGCCAUUAAAUAAGCAGGUAACAAAUGCUGUAUUGAAACUGAUUGAAAAGGAAAGAAAUGGUGAAACUAUCAAUACAAGGCUGAUCAGUGGAGUUGUACAAUCUUACGUGGAGCUGGGGCUGAAUGAAGACGAUGCAUUUGCAAAGGGGCCUACACUAACUGUCUAUAAAGAAUCCUUCGAAUCUCAGUUUCUUGCUGACACAGAGAGGUUUUAUACACGAGAAAGCACUGAAUUCUUGCAACAGAACCCAGUCACAGAGUACAUGAAGAAGGCUGAAGCGCGUCUUCUUGAGGAGCAGCGCAGAGUUCAGGUGUAUCUCCAUGAGAGCACGCAAGAUGAACUGGCACGAAAGUGUGAGCAAGUACUUAUUGAAAAACACUUGGAGAUAUUUCAUACAGAGUUUCAGAAUUUAUUGGAUGCUGACAAAAAUGAAGACUUAGGACGCAUGUAUAACCUUGUAUCUCGAAUCCAGGAUGGCCUUGGAGAGCUGAAAAAACUCUUGGAAACCCACAUUCAUAAUCAGGGUCUAGCUGCAAUUGAGAAAUGUGGAGAAGCUGCUCUAAAUGAUCCAAAAAUGUAUGUACAGACAGUGCUGGAUGUCCAUAAGAAGUAUAAUGCUUUAGUCAUGUCUGCGUUCAACAAUGAUGCCGGUUUUGUGGCUGCACUGGACAAAGCUUGCGGUCGAUUUAUAAAUAAUAAUGCAGUGACAAAAAUGGCUCAAUCAUCCAGUAAAUCCCCGGAGCUACUGGCACGAUACUGUGACUCUUUACUAAAGAAAAGCUCGAAGAACCCCGAAGAAGCAGAAUUAGAAGAUACACUCAAUCAAGUGAUGGUUGUCUUCAAGUAUAUUGAGGAUAAAGAUGUGUUUCAAAAAUUCUAUGCUAAAAUGCUGGCCAAGAGACUUGUGCAUCAGAACAGUGCUAGUGAUGAUGCUGAGGCAAGCAUGAUCUCCAAGCUUAAACAAGCUUGUGGUUUUGAGUACACUUCCAAGCUGCAGCGGAUGUUUCAAGAUAUUGGUGUAAGCAAGGACUUGAAUGAGCAAUUUAAAAAGCACCUGACCAAUUCAGAGCCAUUAGAUUUGGACUUCAGCAUCCAGGUCCUGAGCUCCGGAUCGUGGCCGUUCCAGCAGUCCUGCACGUUUGCUCUGCCGUCCGAGUUAGAACGGAGUUAUCAGAGAUUUACAGCAUUUUAUGCCAGUCGUCAUAGUGGAAGAAAAUUAACCUGGUUGUAUCAGCUGUCCAAAGGGGAACUGGUUACCAAUUGUUUCAAAAACAGAUACACGUUACAGGCAUCGACGUUCCAGAUGGCGAUUUUAUUGCAAUACAACACAGAAGAUGCCUAUACUGUGCAGCAGCUGACAGACAGCACCCAAAUAAAAAUGGAUAUCUUGGCACAAGUUCUACAGAUACUGUUGAAAUCAAAAUUACUCGUUUUAGAAGAUGAAAAUGCAAAUGUUGACGAAGUGGAGUUGAAACCCGAUACCUUAAUAAAACUCUUUCUCGGUUAUAAAAACAAAAAGUUAAGGGUAAACAUCAAUGUGCCAAUGAAGACUGAACAGAAGCAGGAGCAAGAAACUACACACAAAAAUAUAGAGGAAGAUAGGAAACUACUGAUUCAGGCUGCUAUUGUGCGAAUCAUGAAAAUGAGGAAGGUUCUGAAACACCAGCAGCUGCUUGGGGAGGUGCUCACGCAGCUCUCCUCCCGGUUCAAGCCGCGAGUUCCCGUCAUUAAGAAAUGCAUCGACAUUCUCAUCGAGAAGGAGUACUUGGAACGUGUUGAUGGCGAGAAGGACACCUACAGCUAUUUGGCUUAACAUUUUUAUUAGCAAUUAUCUGACUGUGUGACACUCGGCAAAUAGGUAUGUGAUGGAAAGGACAAAAGCAACUGAACUUCAUAGCAGCCACCCUGCUGCCAUUUGGACCUCCCUUUUUAAUAACUGAGACCAGGACUCCCAUCAGCCAGUCUCAGAUUUACAUCAGAACUGCUCAGGAUUGAUACAUUUCAAGUAUGUAAAUAUGGACACCAAUGCCAUUUAACCUAAUUUAAGAACAGAAAGGAAUCAAACCCUUCUCCUUUGAGGGUUGCAUGCUACUGCAUUUAAAUCAAUACAUUGGCUAUAUGAUAAACAGCUGUCGUCAUAGGCAGCACUUUUAAAUGUUGGCAGCACUUUGAGAGCGAGUCUGAAUGGACCCAUGUGUAAUCUGCUAUGAAAACCCAUUUGUAUAGUGUGUUUCAUUUUUUAAUGUGUGAUAAAUAAAAAAAAAUUAAAAGAUUUCUGUACAAGUUGCAUUUGGUUUUAUUAAGUUUCACUACUUACCUUUCUAAAUGUAAAUAAAAGGUAUAAUAGUUAUGAAA